UGUCGCCAGUUCACCUCAGUUCCAGACAUGGCAGCGUUGAGACAGGAGCAUCGGUACGGACUCUCCUGUGCAAAGAUUAAUAAAAGCGUUCCCAACAAAACGAUCUUUCACGUCAAGCUAACCGACACUGCCAUCCGGACGCUGGAAGCGUAUCAGAAUCUCAAGGGCUCCUUACCAAAUCAGCCAGCAAUUUGCUUCAAGGGGAACCAGGGGUAUAUCAAGAUUCCUGCUCCCUUGACGGAUUCUCCCGAAGCUUUCCGUGUCUUCUCCUUCUACCUGUCCAGUGACAGUAAAGACAAACCUCAGGCCAGCUUUGAUUGUGUUCACCAGUAUCUCUCGGGAGAUGGCAGGGAGCAUCUGGAAGGUCAGGGCAGUAUUCAGGACAAAAUCACCGUGUGUGCCACCGACGAUUCCUACCAGAUGACCCGAGAGCGCAUGUCUCAAGUGGAAAAGGACAUCUGGAGCCGCUCAGCCAUUGAGAUCAAACCUGGGUCUACGCAUCCAAGUAAAUGUAUAAAGAUUAAGAAGAAACAGGGCCUGCCAACAAGCUUUGACAAUACUAUUAGACAUUCACCCAGCAACAAGAGGAAUAGUGGACCUAGCUUAGUGGCCCACAGGCCUUUGAGAGAACGCGUCAUUCACAUUCUGGCCUUAAAACCGUUCAGCAAGCCUGAACUACUGCUCUGGCUUGAGAAAGAGAAAGCCAGCCCCAAGGACAAGGCCGACCUGAGCGCUGUGCUGGAGGAGGUGGCUAAACUCAAUCCCAAAGACCACAGCUUUACUCUAAAGGAUGAUUUCUACAGACAUGUACGGAAAGAUUGGCCUGGCUAUGUGGAGGAAGAGCGGCAGCUCAUUCAAAGGGUGUUGUCUAGAAAACUCCAGCCUCUCAGCAGCAGUAGCCAGUUGAAAAACUUCCAGUCUAACCAUUCAUUCCACAAAACCCCAGGGGAUUCUCCAUCCCAGCUCAGCCCUGUCAAGAAUCUAUCCAUGAAACGCCCAGUGCCUUCCGACCAUCCAGAAAGUCAGACGCCGAAAAAACAACGAUUAUUUGACCAGAACAUGACCUUGCAAUCUCCUUCCAAUGGAAAUCUAAGCUCAUCCAUGGGCCGUAGCACUUCCAACCAUGGGAACACAAGUUUGCAGAGCAAACUAGAGUUCGGAAGGAGUACCAAAAGUGCUCAGCAGAGCCCAGACAGCCUUUACCAGCGGCAUAAGCUCAGCGAGCCUAACAGUGCCCCCAAAGCAGAGCCAUCAGUACAAGCACAGCAGCCUCUCUCCAGCCCCAAACACCCACGAACUGAACCUGAAAUACGCACUGACCAGCACCUAGCAAACGGCCAGCACAAAAAGAAGAAGUCCAAGAAGCAUAAAGAAAAGGAGAGGGAACGCUUAAAACCUGAAUGGGCUGAGACCAGCCCAGACCUCAAGCAGAACCAGGAAAAUAUUAAAGACCAUGAGCGGCCCAACACACCUGUCACCUGUGCCUUGCCCGAGGAGCUGCCUGACUAUUUAUUAAAAUACAACACUAUUACAGACUCUGAGCAGCGACAGAGGUACAAAGAGGAUUUCUGUGCAGAAUAUGAUGAGUACAGAGACCUUCAUGAGCACAUAGGAAAAGUUACUGAGAUGUUUGUUCAGCUGGGAUCCAAGAUAAAAACAUUGUCUCCUGGGACACAGGAGUAUAAGGUUAUGGAAUAUCAAAUAAUGGACAAGUAUAGGAAGUAUAAGAAGAAGUUCCCAGGCUACCGGGAAGAGAAGAAACAUUGCGAAUAUCUCCAUCAGAAACUGUCACACAUCAAAGGCCUGAUUCUGGACUAUGACCUUACACAAGCACCGUCCUAGUGCCAGCCAUUAUUUUCUCCUCCUUCCCAGUCUGGUCGUACAGACCAAAAGACUCCUUGUUGGAAAUAAAGCUGGACCAAGUGUAGUUGCUUGAACACAAAAAGGCAUUUCCACUUCUUUCCUGUGCACAAACUGUGGAUAACUGUGUGGCAGUUUGGGCUUUGAUCCUAAACCAUCAAACAAAGGCCAAGACUUGUGACUUUAAAGCCCUUAAAGUUUUAUUGUUUGUUUGUGUAAAAAGUUUUGCAUUGGCAAGGAAUUUGGUUAGAUUUCUUCAGCCAAAAUUUUGAUUUACCGCACCCAAAUGCAGCAUACAUCUAACUGUUGCCCUUGAUCUUCUAACUAUGGCUUGUGCUCUGAUCUUCAGGGCUGCGGGCUGCUUUUAUGGUACAAUCAUGAAGCCUGGGUGAUGAGAGAUGAUUAUCUUUAAUGUGUUUACUGUCUAUCAGUGCUUUAUUUGAGAACUUAAGCACAGUUUCUAUUUUGAUAUUUUACUGAAUGUAUAUUUGUAUACAGUACUUGUAAGAUCAUGACUAUAAUGGAGAGUUUAAUCACUGGAUAGAAUAGGGGAAGCCUGGAAUUUUCUAGACUCUGUGGUACUCCUACCAAACUCUGUAGAGUACAAGGGAGCAAUUUGUAAUAUGAAUGUCCAUAUAAACUAUCCCAGCACCUGUGUCAGACUGUCAAUUAGACAAGACCUUUAAAUCCUCAGCUUUGCUCUGGAAUCCAAAUUGAAUCUAGAAUUCCAGCAGUAACUUGUGUAAUGAUAAGAAAGUUGAAAAGCUUAACCUUGAAGCAGCAAUUGAAAAAUCUAAUCUAAUACAACAAAAUACAGCAGUUGUAAUAUGAUCAUGAAUUUUGUGCUCCGUGCUCUAACCACAGCACACUGUGUUAAUUAUUAAUUAACUGUUAAUUAUCAUAUUGAUUAUUAAUAUGUUGUUGUUAUUUAGACACCAAACAGCAGAAUCAUGUUUUAAAGCACAUUUAGUUUCUUGUAUCUUGUUUUGAAUCUUUUUUUUUAAUAUAUAUAUAUAUAUAUAUAUAUA